AUGAUAAGAGGAAUUAAAGAAUACUUCAAGGCUGGCUACUACUGCAUGCGAGAAGGUAUAUCAGGCUGGAUGCUGAGUGAUGCAUUUGAGAGAAUAAGAUUCAAUAAUUUCGACAGCUCGUACAAAAACAUGCCAACGCAGUACGAAACUCCACCACUGGGAGAAUUCGAAAGCUAG